CGAUCACAUAGUGCUAUCGGCAAAUUGCCAACCUGCAGCAUCACUAUAUACACAGGAAUUGUAGAUCGAUGUAUGGCCUACUGGCUGUGGUGUAAUUGUACUCGUCUACAGUGGCUAUUCCGACAACUCCUCUCCGUACUGUACCGAGUAUUAGGGAAAAGCACCAUGUUCUCGCGCCGAAUUAAACUUGUUCUUGUGACACCUCUCACCUCAGCCCCUGAGGUGCAGAUGAUCGGAGCCAGUCUUGAUUCGAGACGGUGAAUGCUUAUUAUCGGACUCAGUGAGCUGACGAUCACAUAGUGGGGACAAGUUGCACUGUCAGACUCUAUCGGACGGGGACUACUUAUCCACUGCUGUGCCUAAUCCUAUACAGUAUAGUCCAUUCAUCUCGACCCACGAUCCACACCAACUCACCUGCGAUAAACACUACCCUCUACUUACCUCCGGCAAGCAAGCAAGCAAGCAUCCUCUACAAUGACGGCAGCCCUAGUAGUUGUCGACAUGCAGGAGGACUUUUGUCCUCCCAACGGCUCCCUCGCCGUAACCGGCGCCCGCGACCUCGCCCCCACUAUCAACGCCCUCCUCGCACACCCCGGCUUCACCUUCCGCGUCUCCUCGCAAGACUACCACCCGCGCACGCACAUCUCCUUCGCCAGCAACCACCCCGCCCCCAACAAUCAGCCCUUCAGUAGCACCAUCACGCUCACCAACCCCGCGCCGGGCAAACACGGCGAAACCAAACCCCAACGCCUCUGGCCCGUGCACUGCGUGGCCGACACGCCCGGGGCGGCGCUGAUCCCGGAACUCGACGCGUCGCGGAUCGAUCUCUUCGUCAAGAAAGGCAUGGAUGAGCGCGUCGAGAUGUACUCGGUGUUUGCGGACGCGUUCGGCAACCGCCCCGACCCCGCGCUGCACGCCCGUUCGGUGGACUACGAUCUCGAGGGCGAGCUGCGGGCGCGGGGCGUCACCAAGGUGUUUGCCGUGGGUGUGGCGGGGGAUUACUGUGUUAAGUGCACGGCGGUGGAUGCGGCGAGGGCGGGGUUUGAAAGCUUUUUGGUGGAGGAUGCGACGAGGUGUGUUGAUCCGGGCGAGGGGUGGGAGGAGGCGAAGAGGGAGUUGAGGCAGGCGGGGGUUCGGAUAGUGAAGUCGGAUGGGCCGGAGGUGAGAGGGUUGAUGGAGGGGGUUUAGGUGGUUAGAAGGGGGGAAAGGGACAUUGAAGUAUAUAUGCUUGAGGAGGAGCAGAAAUGGGUGGCACUGGCAGUGGUGGAUGGGACUGGGCUGGCGCUAGAAUAUGCCUGGAAUGCUUGGGAUUGUCUUGCCAAGUACUCGUUACCGGUUGUUUUUGUGGGGAAUCCUCACUUGGCAUCAUGUCUAUCACUCCAAAGAUUGCUUACUGUAUAUACAACAGGUGUUUAUGAAAGACUACGAGAGAAGAGUGUGUGGUG